GUUUGUGGGCUGUGGGAGAGACAGAGAAUUACCAGUUUGUUUGAAUUGCAGAAUUGAGAAGAAAAGUGAUGUCCAUUGAGGCUAUAGAGAAGCUUGAUUAUCUCCCAAUGAUUCCGUUUGGAAUCUUCACCUUGAUUUUGCAGAUCAGGUCCCCAGCUUUGUUUGCCAGCCUCAAGUUCUCUCUUUCUGGCUUGCCUGUGUCAUCCCUCCACACCCCUACCCCCCUCCAGCUCCUAACUCCCAUGAUACUAACCAGGGCUGUUUUAUGCCAAGAUUCUGGACAGUUUGAGAUGGCUUGCUGUUAGGUGGAUUGAUCAACAAUUCAGCCAUGGAAUCUUCAGUCAAGAAAGCUAAAAAUCUUUAGGAAGUUAGUAGGGGGUCUCUUGAGACUGAUAAUUAACCUCCUUACUGACUCCUUUGAAUUGUUUUUCUGGCAGCUUGGACCUGCUUUUACUUUCCUGGACUACAUACUGCCAUUUGGACUUUUUUUUACUUGGGGACUGAUGGACAUUUUUAAUGGAAUGAAUUGUUUAUGUAAGCCCUCAGUUUCUGAAUAAUGGAUUUCACUAGACAGGGAACUAGCACCCUGACAGGGUGGAGUUGGGGCUAGGGAGUUGAAUGGAUAGAGUCCUGGACUUAAAAGUCAGAAAAAGUAUGUUACAAAUCUUGUUUCAGACACUUAGGUAUGUGAGCCUUAGUAGAACACUUAAAUCUUUUAGCCUCAGUUUCCUCAUCUGUAAAAUGGGGAUAAUAAAGCACCUAUCUAUCUUUCAGGGUUGUUUUGAGGACCAAAUGAGAUAACAUAAAAAGUGCUUUGCCCAAAAUUUUUGAAACUCUAGAAAUGUUAGUUCUUUUAAUAAUAAAAAUAAUUUUUGUUGUUAAUUGACUUAAAAUUAUUCAUUAAGGAUUUCCUAAGUACCUGCUAUGCACUAGACAUUUUGCUAAGCAUUAGGAUACUCUGCUGAGGUCUGGAUACAUUGAAUGCCUUCCAGAAAUGACCAUAGGUUUUAUGCUUAGUAUUUAUUUGACUAACCUGUUUUUGCCCUCUCUUAAAGCAGAAAAAAAUAAAAAAAGUAAUCUCAAUUUUUUGAGUAUUGUUCAGUUGCAAUUUAAUUUUCUCUUACUUUUUUCUUUUUAAAUUAUUUGUUAUAAAAGAUGACUUUCUGGGAGAGAAGAGUUCUAGGGAGAAAUCUAGAUGAUAUAAAAACAAAAGAUACCCACUAAAAUUUAUUUUAAAAAAUAUUUCAUCAGGUAAAACCCUUUCCUUUUACCCUAGCAGGCAAAGUGUUCUAGUUGUUGUCUUAUGAUAUACUCUGGUAGCAGCAAUGUAAAAGGCAUCAUUUUGAAAAAUUUCCCCAACUUUGGAGACUUAAAGAAUAUGAAGAGAACCAUUUGUCUCUGAUUUUUUCAUCCAGAGUACUUUUGUGUCUUGAAUGAUUCCUUAACAAAUGAGUAUAAACUUACAAUAACCAAGCAACUUAACCCCACUCCUCCAAACAUUUUAAUAAAAAGUAUAGACCAUACAGUUAAGAGAAUAUUACUGUUUAGUUUUUAAUCCUUCCAUAAAAUAGUUUGGCCAACACACUUCACUUUAACUCAGGAUCAUAUCCAAAAGGUCUAAAUGUGAAUAUGAAUAAAAAAAGGGGGUUAAUAUUAUAUUUGUUUCCUUCCCCGCUUCCUCCCAUUAUUAUCUAUGACUCUUUAGGGGCUAGUAGUGGUACAGUGGAUAGAAUGCUAAGCCUAGAGUCAGUACGACUCAUCUUCCUGAUUUUAAAUCUGACUUCAGACGUUUCCUAGCUUUAUAACCCUGGGCAAGUUAUUUAACCUUGUUUGCCUCAGUUUCUUCAUCUGUAAAAUGACCCAGAGAAGGAUUUGGCAUACCACUCCAGUACUUUGUCAAGAAAACACUAAAUGGAAUCCCAUAAAAUAUACAGGACUGAAAUGACCAAACAACCACAAAACAAUAAAAUGAAUAUUUAACUACAGUGUUUGAAUGUGGCUUAGCACAAAAGUUAAGACAGUACCUGACUCAAGUAGCUUACCCUCUUUAAGAGAAAAGCCCACAUGUAGAGAAUUAAUGGCCAGGGAGGGGCAUUUUAUUUGCCUCUCUUGACACCCUGUUAAGAUUAAAAUUUAGGGGGAGACUGAGGCAGGUAGAAAUUAGUUUCUCUCUGCAAGGAGUAUUAUUUUUAUGAGGUUUAUUAAAGGUCAAGGGUUAAAGAAAAUUCAAGUAAGAGAAGCACGUGCUAGGUGGCCAUAAGGCCCACCCAAAUUUCACUCACAUCAUGAGACACAUCUGUUUGCCAGUGGAGCCAGGAAGAGAAGAGCCCCUGCCGUGGGCGGAGACCCUUUAAAUAAUGAUUUUGCUCUCGGCCCAGGUGAGAAUUCAGUGAGAUUACAGAGCAUUCUGGGGAAGUGGAGCAAGGACUUCUGGGGAUUGAAGUCCUGGAUUCAUGUCUAUUUUUACAACCCCAAGUAUAGUGUUGAUUUGAUUAUGGUUUCAGAAUUGAAUGGAGGAGGGUACAGAGGUAAUGUGAAGUUUUUGGAGAGGUAGUAGAGAGGAGGGCCCUGGGCAGAAGUUCCUCCAGGAUAUUGUUUCUGGUGGCUUUAGCUUGGAGGGGAGUCAUUUGUGGAGGAAGUGACCAGAGAGGAAGGAAAGGUGAGAUUUGGAGACUGAGGUGAGAUUUUUGGUACAUAUAACUAUAAAGAAAUAUAGAUCUCUAUCCCACAUAGAUUACUCCCAACUUGGAUGUGUUUGAUCAUUAUUAGUGGAAGAAGCACAGUAGACUUAAUUCAGUGACAAAUUGAAACAAGAAUCCAAGUAUAUGUUCAAGUAUAUAGGAGAACUUUGUGAAUUUUAAAACUAUUCCACUCUACUCAGACCAUACUUUAUUAAGAUUUGAUUUAGCUAUUUCCUGAUUUGUUACAAUAGAGAUACUUGGUCUAACAGAAUCAGGUCUUGGGAACUCUACAUUGCUCCACCCUACUUAAUUUAACAAGGUCAGGUCAGGAAUAUCUGCACCCAUACUCAAGGUUUAAGUAUCUAAGAAGAUGGCCUUCAACAGACAUGUGGAGAAAUAGCUGACAGACCCUUGGGCUGUCCUAAGUCAAGCUAAGCUAACAUUGGUACAGAUGAGAUGCAGGAAAGUGACGUAAAACUGGCUAUAUAGGGCACGUCACUUCCUCUCUUUGCUCUUUCCCCGGAGAGGCGUCUCUGGCUGACAGUGUGCCAAGCAUUCCGACAUCUUGGCGUGGUGGCAGCUAUUUGUCUGGGUUUUGGUGGUGAGUUUGCCCUUGAACUAAUGUUCAGGUACAGGCAUCUUGGCUGAGCCCUCUUGGAGUUCAGGCUGAUUACUUCCUCCUUUACUCUCCAAAACCUUACCUUCCUAGAGUCUCUAAUCUUCCCCCUGGCACAAGCCAGGCAGGAGAAAUACUACACCCUUUCCUUCUCCCUUCUUCUUAAUUUCUUUCCACUAUGUUAAUUAAAUUACCAUAAAUUUCCAGCUGACUUGGGUAUUUUUUCAUUUAGGAUAUCCAUAGUGACCAAUAAUUAAUAUAGUUUAGGUCACAAUGCUAAAAUUAUCCUUUACAACUUCAUAGAUUUUGUGAAGCAAAUUUUAGGGAUUCAUAGAUCAGAUGAGUUGGCUUUAAGGUGAUCUUUAAGGAUAUUAGCUAUAAAACUGCUCUUUUGAUACACUUUAUUUAAAAAAUAUCUUUUUUGUCUGCAUCACAAUUAUUUCAACCCACUCCUACAAAUUGAACUUUCUCUUGUGAUGAAGAAAUACAUUUUAAUAAAAUUGACAUCUGAAAGUUGGACAUAUAUUUUUGUUGUUGAUCUUUAUGAGAUCAUGACUCUCGUAUAGAAUCAUAGAAUUCUGUCCCAUUGCAACUCAAGUAAAAUAGAAGGUUCUUUAAAGACUUAAAACAUUCCACCAUUAAGGUGACAGAAUUCUGCCAAGUGGACAGUGUAUGAAUAUGGGGAAGAUGAUUAAGUGAUCAGCCAGUAUUACUAACCUGUCAUUGGAUCGUUCUGGUUCUCCAAUGGUUCCCUCCUACGAGACAUCUGUCAGUCCUCAGGCUAAUCGAACGUAUGUGAAAACAGAGACCAGUGAGGAUGAACGCAAAAUUCUUCUGGAUUCUGUUCAGUUAAAGGACUUGUGGAAGAAAAUCUGCCAUCAUAGUACUGGAAUGGAGUUCCAGGAUCACCGCUAUUGGCUGAGGACUCACCCCAACUGCAUUGUAGGAAAGGAAUUGGUCAAUUGGUUGAUCAGAAAUGGACAUGUAACCACAAGAGCUCAAGCCAUAGCAAUUGGACAAGCAAUGGUUGAUGGACGUUGGUUAGACUGUGUCAGUCACCAUGAUCAGAUCUUCAGGGAUGAAUAUGCCUUAUAUAAACCAUUACAGAGCACAGAAUUUUCUGAAACACCUUCUCCAGACAGUGACUCAGUGAACUCUGUAGAGGGACAUUCUGAACCAUCUUGGUUUAAAGAUAUUAAGUUUGAUGACAGUGACACGGAACAAAUUGCUGAAGAAGGAGAAGAGAACUUAGCAAAUUCUGCCAGUCCUAGCAAGCGUACAUCAGUCAGCAGCUUCCAGUCCACAAUGGACAGUGACUCAGCCGCUUCUAUCAGCCUGAACGUGGAGCUGGACAACGUGAACUUCCAUAUCAAGAAGCCCUCCAAGUACCCACAUGUGCCCCCUCACCCUGCUGACCAAAAAGAGUAUUUGAUUCCUGAUAAUGGAGGACAGCAAAUCUCAAUAAGUGACGCCUUCAUUAAAGAAUCCCUAUUUAACCGAAGGGUUGAAGAGAAAUCCAAGGAGCUGCUUUUCACACCUUUGGGUUGGCAUCAUAGCAACCUGGAUCUCUUGAGGGAAGAAAAUGGGGAGAAACAAGCCAUGGAGAGAUUACUUUCAGCUAAUCAUAACCACAUGAUGGCAUUACUCCAACAACUACUCUAUAAUGACUCAUUAUCACCAUCCUGGAGAGAUAUCAUUGUGCCAGUGAUCUGUCAGGUGGUUCAGACUGUCCGACCUGAUGUAAAAAAUAGAGAUGAUGACAUGGAUAUCCGUCAGUUUGUUCACAUCAAAAAAAUUCCAGGUGGAAAGAAGUUUGAUUCUAUGGUUGUCAAUGGCUUUGUGUGUACCAAGAAUAUUGCACAUAAAAAGAUGAAUUCUUGUAUUAAAAAUCCCAAGAUCCUUUUAUUGAAGUGUUCCAUUGAGUAUCUUUACAGAGAAGAAACCAAAUUUACAUGCAUUGAUCCAAUUGUUCUACAGGAAAGAGAAUUCUUGAAGAAUUAUGUACAGCGGAUAGUUGAUGUUCGACCUACUUUGGUUCUGGUUGAAAAAACGGUGUCUCGAAUUGCCCAGGAUAUGUUGCUGGAACAUGGUAUUACUUUAGUUAUUAAUGUAAAACCGCAAGUUUUAGAUCGAAUAAGUCGAAUGACCCAAGGUGACUUAGUGAUGUCAAUGGAUCAGUUGCUUACCAAGCCGCACUUAGGAACCUGUCACAAAUUUUACAUGCAAAUAUUUCAGCUACCUAAUGAUCAAACAAAAACGCUAAUGUUCUUUGAAGGCUGUCCACAGCAUUUGGGCUGUACCAUCAAACUGAGAGGAGGCUCUGAUUAUGAGCUAGCUCGAGUGAAGGAAAUCCUUGUAUUCAUGAUUUGUGUGGCUUACCAUUCUCAACUGGAAAUCUCUUUUCUUAUGGAUGAAUUUGCUAUGCCACCAACAUUAACAAAAAAUAGUUCCUUUCAAUCUUUGAUUGAAGAGCAGGGAAAUGAUGGUAGUCAGCAAGAUCAGUUCAGUGGAAGCCCCCUUCCUAGGGAGGCUGACUUUCUUCCUGACAAAUUGCCUAUAAUAUCUGAGUCUUUAUCUUCUGAUGAUACUAACCAGUUGGAAUCAAGGACUCUGUUUGAGAAAACUUAUCAGGAGCAGGAUAGUGCCUCUUUGAAACAUCAGGAGCAUUUCAUAAUGCCUGGACCAUCAGUUAUACCCACUUUCUUUCCCUCGGUACCAGAGUCAUUGUUGCCUAUCCACAUUGAAGACCAAGAUGAUGCUUUUGGUAAUGAGUCAGAGGUUUUGCCACAAAGAGAUAAGGUCCAGGAGCCCAAAAUUCAGAUGAGAGUAUUCAGAGAUCCUCUCCAGGAUGACACAGGAUUUUAUGUAGCUGAAGAAGUGACAUCUUCUGAAGAUAGGCUCAAGACUUAUUCUUUAGCCUUUAAACAAGAACUCAAAGAUGUUAUCCUUUGUAUCUCUCCAGUAAUCAUUUUCCGAGAACCCUUCCUUCUAACUGAAAAAGGCAUGAAGUGCCCUACACGAGACUAUUUUCCAGAGCAAGUUUAUUUGUCUCCUCUACUCAAUAAGGAGUUAAAAGAACUAGAGAGCAGAAGGAAGAAACAACUUCUAAGAGAUCUUUCUGGACUUCAAGGCAUGAAUGGAAGUGUUCAGGCAAAGUCUAUCCAAGUAUUACCUUCCCAUGAGCUAGUGAGCACCAGAAUUACAGAACAUUUGGGUGAGAGUCAGACCUUGGGGAGAAUGCUGGCAGAUUACCGGGCCAGAGGAGGACGGAUACAGCAGAAAAAUGCAGACCCUUUUGUUCAGUCAAAAGAAACAUCAGAUAGUUCUGGUGGAAGAUCUGGAAGCAAAACUGAUGGAGAUGAGGAUAGAGUCCUGAGUCACAGUGAUGCUGUGUGGUCCACAAAGGUGGACUGUCUGAGUGCUGUCAACCAUCAAAGGCUUUGUGUGCUUUUUAGUAGCUCUUCUGCCCAAUCCAGCAAUGCUCCCAGUGCAUGUGUUAGUCCUUGGAUUGUAACCAUGGAAUUUUAUGGGAAGAAUGACCUCACGUUGGGAAUAUUUUUGGAGAGGUAUUGUUUCAGGCCUUCUUACCAUUGUCCCAGCAUGUUUUGUGAUACUCCCAUGGUACAUCAUAUUCGUCGAUUUGUGCAUGGGCAAGGCUGUGUCCAGAUCAUACUGAAAGAAUUGGAUUCUCCAGUACCUGGUUACCAACAUACAAUUCUUACUUAUUCCUGGUGUAGAAUCUGCAAACAGGUAACACCAGUUGUUGCACUUUCCAAUGAUUCCUGGUCAAUGUCAUUUGCAAAAUACCUUGAACUUAGAUUUUAUGGACAUCAGUAUACUCGGAGAGCCAAUGUUGAACCAUGUGGUCAUUCUAUCCACCAUGAUUAUCAUCAGUAUUUUUCCUAUAACCAAAUGGUGGCUUCCUUCAGUUAUUCUCCCAUUCGGCUUCUUGAAGUAUGUGUUCCAUUUCCCAAAAUAUAUAUCAAACGGCAGGCCCCAUUAAAACUGUCCAUUCUUCAGGAUCUUAAGGACUUCUUUCAAAAAGUGUCACAGGUAUAUCUUGCUGUUGAUGAACGGCUUGCCUCUUUGAAAACUGAUACAUUUAGCAAAACGAGAGAGGAAAAGAUGGAGGACAUCUUUGCACAAAAAGAGAUGGAGGAAGGUGAGUUCAAGAAUUGGAUUGAGAAGAUGCAAGCAAGACUGAUGACCUCCUCAAUAGAAACCCCUCAACAACUGCAGUCAGUCUUUGAGUCUCUAAUUGCCAAGAAACAAAGUCUCUGUGAAAUGCUACAAGCCUGGAAUAACAGAUUGCAGGAUCUUUUUCAACAGGAAAAAGGGAGGAAGCGCCCCUCGGUUCCCCCAAGCCCUGGAAGAAUGAGACAAGGAGAAGAUAAUAAGAUAAGUGCAAUGGAUGCAUCUCCACGCAAUAUUUCUCCUGGUCUUCAGAAUGGAGAAAAAGAAGAUCGAUUCUUAACAACCUUAUCAAGUCAGAGUUCCACAAAUUCCACACAUCUCCAGCUGCCUACUCCUCCUGAAGUCCUGUCUGAGCAGCUGAUGGGAGGGGCUUCUGAAGCAGAUACCACUAGUAGCUCAGAAGAUGUAUUUGAUGGACAUUUGUUGGGAUCUUCAGAUAGCCAAGUGAAGGAAAAAUCAACAAUGAAGGCUAUAUUUGCAAAUUUGCUUCCAGGAAAUAGCUAUAAUCCUAUCCCUUUUCCUUUUGAUCCAGAUAAACACUAUUUAAUGUAUGAACAUGAACGUGUACCCAUUGCAGUCUGUGAGAAGGAACCCAGCUCCAUUAUUGCUUUUGCUCUCAGUUGUAAGGAGUACAAAAAUGCCUUAGAUGAAUUAUCUAAAGUGUCUCUACGGAAUACCACUGAGGAAGUGCUGCAAGCAAGCAGUAAUUUGGACAGCAGACCCAAGACUAGCAGCCCAGUCAGAUUACCUGAUGCUGGGGGACCAGCAAGUCGACCAGUGGAAGCUGAACCUCAGCCACCCAAAAAGGCUUCGGGAGUGUUGUCUUUCUUCCGAGGUGCUGGAGGGAAGAGUCCUGACUUGUCUUCCCAAAAGAAGGAGACUUUACGUGGUGCAGAUAGUGCUUACUACCAGGUUGGACAGAUGGGCAAAGAAGGGGUAGAGAACCAGGGAAUCGAAACUCAAGAUGAAAUAGAUGGAGGAGAGACCCCAAAAAAACCACUUGCAAAUCCUCAUGUGGAGCUUCAAUUUUCUGAUGCUAAUGCCAAGUUCUACUGCCGACUCUAUUAUGCUGGAGAGUUUCAUAAGAUGCGUGAAGUAAUCUUGGGGAGCACUGAAGAAGAUUUUAUCCGUUCCCUUUCUCACUCUUUGCCCUGGCAAGCCAGGGGUGGAAAAUCAGGGGCUGCAUUUUAUGUGACUGAAGAUGACAGAUUCAUUCUGAAGCAGAUGCCUCGCCUGGAGGUCCAGUCUUUCCUUGACUUUGCACCGCAUUACUUCACUUAUAUUACCAAUGCUGUUCAGCAAAAGAGACCCACAGCAUUGGCCAAAAUUCUUGGGGUUUACCGAAUUGGUUAUAAGAACUCCCAGAAUAAUACUGAGAAGAAGCUGGAUCUCUUGGUCAUGGAGAAUCUUUUCUAUGGGAGAAAGAUGGCUCAGGUUUUUGAUCUGAAGGGCUCUCUUAGGAACCGAAAUGUGAAAACAGACACGGGGAAAGAGAGCUGUGAUGUUGUUCUACUGGAUGAAAAUCUAUUAAAGAUGGUUCGCGAUAACCCUCUGUAUAUCCGUUCUCAUUGCAAAGCUGUGCUGAGAGCCUCUAUCCAUAGUGACUCCCAUUUUCUAUCAAGCCAUCUCAUUAUAGAUUAUUCUUUACUGGUAGGACGAGAUGAUACCAGCAAUGAACUAGUAGUUGGAAUUAUUGAUUACAUUAGAACAUUUACGUGGGACAAAAAGCUUGAAAUGGUAGUGAAAUCAACUGGAAUUUUAGGAGGCCAAGGUAAAAUGCCAACAGUAGUCUCUCCAGAAUUGUAUAGGACUAGAUUUUGUGAAGCAAUGGACAAGUAUUUCCUAAUGGUACCAGACCACUGGACAGGACUGGGUCUCAAUUGCUGAGAUGAUGCCCAUGCUUUUUAAAGUGAGCUAGAGAGAAGUAGGAACAGAAGAAGAGGACCAAAAAUAUGCUCCGUGCUUUUCUUGACCUUCACAUUCACCUCUAUAUGCAAAGGCAUCUUCUUUCAAUUCUUAUAGAGGCCAGAUGUACCUGACUUAAAAAUCUGCAUCUUAAUUUGCACUUUUUUUGUGAUGUGAGUAAGUUAGCUGUACAGUGUCUGGAAACAUUGGAAGAUAAAACCUUUCCUCCUCAUUUGAAUUGAAAGGAACAGAUGUAUUUCUAAGGGCUGAUGGUGAAAUAUAUAGUUAGAGGCCAGUAAAUAAAGAGGGUGGGGAUAAUGAAACACAAUUGUUAACCAUAAGAGCUGAAUGGUGACCAACAUAUUGUAUUGUCCUCAUCUUUUGAAAACAUUUUUGGUGAGUUCUUGUUUUGCAUUUUUGAUAUACAAUCUAACAAAAACUAUCUUCAGAAUUUCAAAAUAUGUGUAUAUUUGCCUAGGGUUGUGUGGGGGUUCAUCUUUGUUUUAUGAAGUAUUUCAUUAAUGGCCAGUCAAAUAGGUCAGUAUGAUUUAUUACUGUAACACAAAGAUUUGACGGAAAGUGGUUUCCAGCCUUCCUGAAAGAACUAUAUCCCUUGUAUAUCCCUAUCACUUUCCCCUACUUAAGUAUUUAUGGUGGAUAUAGAUUCAGUCCACAGGCUUCUAUAAGUGCUGCCUUUAUGGCUAUUUUAGCUGACUGAUUACUGCAACAAUCACCAUACAUCGUUUUGCAGCACCAACUUUUUUUCCUUGUAUAACAAUUUCAUGCAAUGUAAUGUUUUAACUGUACCUCGUUUUCAUGCCCUCAUCACUUAAUCUUUCCUUCCCACGAAACAUGUUCACAAAAAGACAAUCAGGUGUAGCAAAGCUAUGGAAGUCUGUGAUCACUUAUUAAAUCUUACCUUAUCCCCUAAAAGCCACCUGAUUUCUCAAGGGAAGAAGAUAGUCCAGUGUUUGUUUUAUGAAGGUCAGUCAACUCAGUAAACUAUUUCUUUCCCUGUAAAAGCAGCCCAAGUUGUAUCUAUGAGGUUUUCAGAAUUUCUAGUGGCCUGAAGUGAAUCUGCGUCCUUUAAACCAAUUUUCUACCUUCUUCCUGUGUAGGCCAGUUCCUAGUACUCUGAGAUAUUGGAUAAAGUGUUACUUUUCCAGGCUAUAUAAUUCUGUUUCAUGAUCCCGUUUUGGUAAUUAUUUAAUAGUUAAUGAACUUAAAGAAUAUGAGGAAGGAACAAUAGAUUUUUUUUUUUUAGGAAGUAUUUUGAGGGUCUUAAUGAUACUUUAAAAAAUCCCUCGAAACCAGAUUUUCCUCCCUACAUUAUGAAUGGUUGAGCCAUAAUUAUUUCAGGUAGUACAUUCCUCAGUAUUUAUUCAGUAUACAUUCUUCAUGUAGUGAAGGAAAAUCUGGAUAUUUUCAAGUUACAUAUAGUUCAGAUAUCCAGGCACUUGAAGUAAUGAUUCUUUUGAAAGUUUAGCACUAACUUGUUUAAUAAUAAACUGAUUAAAAACUUGUUUGCAACAAUAAAUAGGCUCCCCAAGGAUUUACAAAUUGUUAUAAGCACUUUUUUGUUUUUACUUAAAAAAUACUUGUGGGCCCUUUUGUAUGUGUAAAAAAGGUUAGUUGUUUAAGUGGUUUAAGUUUUGAUAUAUUACCCAAAAUGAAGGAUUUUGUUCAGAGGUGAGAAGUGUGGGCAUUGUCUUAUUCUCUUACUAAACAUAUAAUAAAACAAACAGUAAAACUGCUUUGGUUCCUAUACAGCAGGUGACAGAAUCCAUGAAGAUCACAAUAUAUCUUUACUUUUGUCAUUUUAUACAUUGUGAUUCCAUUAGAAAUAGUGCUCUUUAUUUUUACUGUGGAUAUAUAUUUAGUGAGUUCAGGUCAAGAUUCCCACAGGAAGUAGUAAAUUGGACCAGUUUCUUGAAUCUUAAAUAUUGUUUGAAAUUGAAUUGCUAUUUCAAUGCCUUAGUAAACUUGAAAGGUUAGAUAGCCAUAGUCUAGAACGUAGAGAAAAGGAUUUGGAGGCUGUUGAGUAGAAGAUGGCUUUUAUGGUUUUCUGUCUAGUCAUUUUCCUCUGCAGUAAGACUCACUUUCUAUGAACAAUUUUCUAAAUCAAGACAUUCAGAUAUCCAUUAUUUAUUUGGAAUGUUGCUGUACAUUGGAACUUCAAUUCAGUUCAACAAACAUUUAAACCUGUUAAUGUACUCAGGAAAGGCAGGUUUUAAAUACAGUUAUACCUUUGACUUACUACUUAUUUUUCCUGUCAUGAUAUUGAUGGUUAUAUGUUCUGUCUACUUUCCUCUGCCUUUGAUACGGAAGCAUUUGCUAGAAUGCUUUAACUUGGUUUAUUAUUUUUUAUUGUUUAUUUGUUUUCCUUUAAAAUAAAAAAAAUGUCCUUUUCUUAAUACCAUAUGUGGUAGUUCUAACACUGUGCAGAUAUGGUUAAUACAUAAUGCCUUUUCCUUUUUUGUGUGUUAAUGGAAAAAUCCCUGAAUGCUAUUUUUAAAGCACCACUGUCUGGUAGAACUUGGUAGAAGCUUAUACAACCUUUGUUUUGUUUUUCAAGAUAAAUCUUGAAAUAACAGAAACAGUUGCCUUCCAGGAUUCACCUUUACCUUUAAAACCAAUUUCACAACUGAGAGUAAAAAUGUAAGAUUACUUUAAUCAAGUCACAGAACAAAUUUGCCUCAGAAUUAAAUUUUAAGCCUUUUACUUUAAAUACUAGACCUCAGGUUUUGUUUUGUUUUUGGCCACUUGUAACAGAUUUUUCAAACAUGAUAACUGGAAAGUGAGCAUCUAAAAUAGCCAACCCCUUUUCUCUCUUUCCUUGUCAUUGACUUGAAAAUAUUAAUAAUGAAAAGUUAUGGACCAGGAAGAAAUUUUUGUUUUUGUUCUCUGAAUGAAAACUUUAUGAAGAAAUGAAUGUAUAAGUGAUGAAUGAAAGUAAACCCUGCAUAUGUAACAUUAGAGUAGUCUUUUCAACAAUCUUAUUAAAAUGCAUAGUUUUUACUGGUGUUAAAGACUGAUAAAAGCAAUUUGCAAAAUUGUAUUCAAGGGUAAAGAUAAUAAAUGGUAACCAUCACUUAAGAGAACAACAGCUUUCUUAAGUACUUUUGAAUAUUUGAGUAUUUUCCCCUUCUAAAUGUAUCAAAACUAUUACCAUUACAAAAAAGAACCUAAUAUGUCCUUGAAAAAGGAAUGGAUAUUUUUCUUGUUUUUAAUGCUAUAUGGGGUAGCCACACUGGCUUUUGAUGUUUCGAUCAAAUGCUUCCCUAUGGGCCUGCUUCCAUUUGAAAGUGAUUUGGCUAAAACCGAUUAGCAAGGCAGGAUGUCUAUACCUUUAAGGAAGUGUGCUUUUAGAUCUCUGGUUAAGGACCCAAAAAGAGAGCUGAAAAGAAUAUUGUGAUCCUGACUGGGGAAAUAGGUCUGGUGAUGACCCUGGGUAUUGUUGACAGAGCUAAUUGGAGCAGGCAUGACUGUCUCACGCAGUGUCUUUUUUUUUCUUUUUUUAAGAAGGGUGCAUUGUAUUAUAGGACUAUAAAUUACAAUCAUGGGCAGUGUUUUAUAAAAUACUGCUUUUAUCAGUUUUGUAUAAAUGUAAGAUGAUUUUUUGACACUGUUCAUUUUAACUAGGAAAAUUACUUGUGUUGUAUAUCACAGUAACUUUUAAUUAGAGGAGAUCCAACUAACUGUUGAAAGUACUUGAUGUAUUAUACUGUAUAUAUUUCUAUUUGACCUUGGUUCUAGCUGUUUUAUAUGAUUGACAUGCUAACUAUUUAAGUGAUAUAUUUCCCAUGACUUUGGAAAGUUUUACUGUAUGUAAAUAAGAGUUCCAAUAAAUAAAGAUUUUAUUUCA